CGCAGGGCCAGAGGGGCCAAAAGAAGUGCGGCCACAGAUCCUGAAAGUUCCCCGGGGUCCUCCCACGCGCAUCCUCCCACCCUCCGGCCAUAGAGACGAAGGGACAGAAAUGCCGGCCUCGUGCAGCCGAGACUCCGCCCCCCUGCCGGUCGGCCCGCCCGCGCCUCCAGCGGAAGCCGGAAGCAAAAGCGGGCCCUGCUAGCCCCGCGCUCGGUGGUCUCGGAGGCUCCGCGGGAUUGCGGAGAAGAUGGCGGAAGAGGAGUUCCCCAACACGACUCAUGAAGGUUUCAAUGUCACCCUUCACACCACCCUGGUGGUCACUACGAAACUGGUGCUCCCGACCCCUGCCAAGCCCAUCCUCCCGGUGCAGACAGGGGAGCAAGCUCAGCAGGAAGAGCAGUCGAGCGGCAUGACCAUUUUCUUCAGCCUCCUCGUCCUAGCUAUCUGCAUCAUAUUGGUGCAUUUACUGAUCCGAUACAGAUUGCAUUUCUUGCCAGAGAGCGUUGCUGUGGUCUCAUUAGGUAUUCUCAUGGGAGCAGUUAUAAAAAUUAUAGAGUUUAAAAAACUGGCAAAUUGGAAGGAGGAAGAAAUGUUUCGUCCAAAUAUGUUUUUCCUCCUCUUGCUUCCACCUAUUAUAUUUGAGUCAGGAUAUUCGUUGCACAAGGGUAAUUUCUUUCAAAAUAUUGGUUCCAUCACCCUAUUUGCUGUUUUUGGUACAGCAAUUUCCGCUUUUGUAGUAGGUGGAGGAAUUUACUUUCUGGGUCAGGCUGAUGUAAUCUCUAAACUCAACAUGACAGACAGUUUUGCAUUUGGCUCCCUGAUUUCUGCUGUUGAUCCAGUGGCCACUAUUGCUAUUUUCAACGCCCUGCAUGUGGACCCAGUGCUCAACAUGCUGGUGUUCGGAGAGAGCAUUCUCAAUGACGCAGUCUCCAUUGUCCUGACCAACACAGCUGAAGGUUUAACAAGAAAAAAUAUGUCAGAUGUCAGUGGGUGGCAGACGUUUUUACAAGCCCUUGGCUACUUCCUCAAAAUGUUCUUUGGCUCCGCGGCACUCGGCACCCUCACUGGCUUAAUAUCUGCAUUGGUGCUAAAGCACAUUGACUUGAGGAAAACACCUUCCUUGGAGUUUGGCAUGAUGAUCAUCUUUGCCUACCUUCCAUAUGGGCUCGCAGAAGGGAUCUCGCUGUCAGGCAUCAUGGCCAUCCUGUUCUCCGGCAUUGUGAUGUCUCACUACACACACCACAACCUGUCCCCGGUCACCCAGAUCCUCAUGCAGCAAACCCUGCGGACCGUGGCCUUCUUAUGCGAAACAUGUGUGUUUGCAUUUCUUGGCCUGUCCAUUUUUAGUUUCCCUCACAAGUUUGAAAUUUCCUUUGUCAUCUGGUGCAUAGUACUUGUGCUGUUUGGCAGAGCCGUGAACAUUUUCCCCCUCUCCUACCUCCUGAAUUUCUUCCGUGAUCAUAAAAUCACCCCGAAGAUGAUGUUCAUCAUGUGGUUCAGCGGCCUGCGGGGUGCCAUCCCCUACGCCCUGAGCCUCCACCUGGACCUGGAGCCCAUGGAGAAGCGGCAGCUCAUCGGCACCACCACCAUCAUCAUCGUGCUCUUCACCAUCCUGCUGCUGGGUGGCAGCACCAUGCCGCUCAUCCGCCUCGUGGACAUCGAGGGCGCCAAGGCGCGCCGCCGGGGCCGCAAGGACGUCAACCUCAGCAAGACCGAGAAGAUGGCUACCUCUGCUCCCCCUGCAGGGCAACACCGUCGAGUCAGAGCACUUGUCGGAGCUCACAGAGGAGGAGUACGAGGCCCACUACAUCAGACGGCAGGACCUCAAAGGCUUCCUGUGGCUCGACGCCAAGUACCUGAACCCCUUCUUCACGCGGCGGCUGACCCAGGAGGACCUCCACCACGGGCGCAUCCAGAUGAAAACGCUGACCAACAAGUGGUAUGAAGAGGUGCGCCAGGGCCCUUCGGGCUCGGAGGACGAUGACGAGCAGGAGCUGCUGUGACCGAGCGACGCCCGGGAAGGACCCCCGCAAGGCCCCCAGGCGCGCGCACAGGCAGCUCUCCGCUCUUCAGGGCGGACAGGAGGAGGGUGACACCCGGGCCGGGGUCAUCCCAGCCCAGGACUGCGCACACUCGGGGCCGGCCGGCUGCCUGCUGCGCCCCCUCCCCGAUCCUCACUGGACCUGUCCGCGGCCCGCAGACUGGAGGGGCCCCUUGCAGGUAGAUUUUUCGUGGUGCUUCCGGAGCCAGGGAGCAGCCAUCUGUCCGACGAGGUGCCCGAGAGGACCCGCCGUGCGGGGUGUUUCGGGAGCGCGGUGAGCAGUCGCCGCAGUCCCUGGCCGCUGCCUUCAUCACGGAGCCCUUCCCUGCUGGGUGGGCGUCGGGACCCCCGGGGCCGCAGCCGGCCGCCGCUUCCCUGCUCCUCAUCACGGUGCCGCUGGCCUCCGCAGCAGCAGUUCUCAUCCAGGCGGCAGGCUCAGAACCCUCGGACCCUCGCCCGACCCUUAGUGAUGUUGCUCGCGCUCCGUGAGAAAGAGAAACCGAGUGACCUUUUUUGUUAUGCCUCCGACUGGCACCUCACAGGCUGUCCCCCCGGGCGGCAGGCGGCUCCCGCCUUCUCUGGGAAUGCUGUGAAUGUUUACACUGGAACCGCGCGGGCACAGGCCUUCGAGCCCUUGGAAGCUGCAGCCCUGGUUGGGGGGUGAGUGAGCCUCUCUGCAAGGUCAGAGCGCCCUCUGGAGGGCAAACGUGGAGGCGCGGGGUUUAUGCGGGCCAGCAGCUGCUAUCUUAAUUCAGUUUAAAUUCAUUCACUUUGACGGAGCAGUGAGAGCCUAGCAGUGGUCCUUUUUUGCCCAGGCCCCUUUCCCUGGGCUCCGCCCGCGGUUUACCCGCUGCGCCGUCAGCUCAUCAGCAUCUCUUCUUUCCCGCUCCCUGUUCUCUGCCAUCUUGGGUCCUGUUUGUCCUCCCUGGACCCCCUCCCGGGACUCCCGUGGCCUGGAGCCGGAUACAUCGGCUCCUCACCCGCCAUGCCGGAGCAGCUACGGCUACCGGGACUCACUCACAGGGCCUUUCCACACACGCAGCACGGUGGUCCGGCCCCUGGGCCAUGUCAAGGGGUGAGCUGCCCAUCAUGACCAGAUGACUGGAGUUACUGACUUCCCCGCAUCCACCCCCCUCACCGGCCCUUUAACACGUCUCUACCUGCGUGCUCUGUGCAUCCCCAGGCAACGGCAAUUUCUGUAUGUGGCUCAGGGUACUCGGCACCGCCUGGGGCGGUGUCCUUCCUCGCGCGCACAUCCCGGCGCUGCUGGGGGCCCGGUGGGCCGGCGUGGACCUUGGGUGGUGUCCUUCCUCGCGAGCACAUCCCGGCGCUGCUGGGGCCCGGUGGGCCGGCGUGGGCCUUGGGCUGGCAGCAGAGCUGUGUCCGUCUUUUCCGCCCCAGCAGGGUGGCUCAGGGUGCGAGGAGGGACGGGCCUCAGGACCUUCCAGGACUCGCGUGCCCUGUGCAAGGCUGGACCCCCGCCCUCACCCCUCCCCCUUCCCCAGAAGUGUAGGUGUGAAGCCAGGCAGGCAGGCAGGCAGCCCGUGGCUUCCUUUUUGGGCAUGAAAAGUAAAUCUGUACUUGAUUGCUAAAAGGUGAUCACUUCCUUUUGUCAGGUCCCACGUUAACCUCAUAAUUUGAGCCAAAUAGGAUUAUUUUACUUCACCCAAUCUCCCCACUGGAAGAUUAAUGCCAGGUUUGAUUCUGGUCUCCAUCAUUUCCGGUUUCUUUUUAGUGGAACACUAAAAGUUCAAGCGGAGGGGACCUUGGUUUGUACAUGGGGUGGGGGGAGGGCAGCAGGGCUCAGAGACCAGAUCGUCCUCUCAUUCUUCAGUUCAUCAGUAACGUGCUCCCCCUGCCCGCCUUGAAAUUCAGUCAGAUCUUGAGGUGUAAGUUACAUUGUAAAUUCAAUAGCCUGCCAGAAAAGAGUAUUUUUUGGUUGUGAGUUCAUAGACAAUGGAAACAGGUUCUUCUCAGUUCAUUGUGCGCUUGGUCACCAAGUCUCACCUGGCCUCCCACUUUUAGCUGAGACUUGAGAAGGACGUUAAGUAGAGAAGCACGUGAGGGGCUUGGCCGUGUGCAGGUGCUUGCCGGGGAACCUUUCCUGGUCUGGACGGCACCAGCCUGGACCUUCCGUGAGCCGCUGCUGCCCUCUGCUGGCCGAGUCGAGGUUCCGCAGUGUGGGAGAGCAGCCCGCGAGGAUGCGGGGAGCCAGUGUGCCUCAGCUGCUGCCGGUUCACCUUUGCGUAGGCCAGAGCUGGUGGAGAGGAUUUUCUGGUGGACUUCUUUCAGCUGUCAUUGCCUGAGAAUCAAAAACUGUGGUCUACCUUUACCGUUCCUGGGGCUUCCCUGGUGGCUCAGCUGGUAAUGAAUCCACCUGCAAUGGGGGAGACCUGGGUUGGAUCCCUGGGUUGGGAAGAUCCCUUGGAGAAAGGAACAGGCUACCCACUCCAGUAUUCUGGCCUGGAGAAUUCCAUGGACUGUAUGUAUAGUCCAUGGGGUCACAAAGAGUCAGACACAACUGAGCGACUUUGACUUUGUCUUUACCGUUCCUAAUAGUUCUGUUGUUUGGGGCAGUAAAUGCUUAGAAGAUUUUUUAAAGCCCAGCAUAACUAUAACUUCCCACGUACUUCCUUUUAGGUCCAGGACAUGGGACAGGAGAUCUAUAGCACACAGAGAAGGCAAUGACUAGAGAGAGGUGAAGGCUGCAGAGUCAGUGAGUGCCUCUGAGGAAGGUGGUCAGUCAGCCAGUGAACUCUGAAGACAUGCUGUCUUGGGGAGUUCUGCAGCAGUAAGCCCACACCCCAAGGCACCCCGAGCACCCCUGUGGUUGUAGGACCCCUGGGAACAACUGUACUUGGAGGUUUGGGGUGUGAGGCCUUACAGGGGAAGAAGCUAGCUUUUCCUGGGCCCCCAGAGGUCAAGUUUGGGCUGGGCUGGCGCAAGGCCAGGCAGAAGGUGGCUCAGUCCCGUCGUCUGGGGCUCAGACCCUUGGCCCAGGGGCCAGGCAAAGGGCCCGCCCCCUAGGCAAGCCACCUCUUCAGACUGGGGUGCUGGCGGGGCCCUGGCAGGCCCUGCGCGCCACCCCUCCCCCAACGUCGGCCUCAUUUGCCUGCAGACUCCUUUGUGUGCAGCGGCAUGUGGAAAAAUCAUUGAGUGGGGCGCCUUCUCCUUGAAGCCUGCAUCAGAGGUGGCCUCGUGGGGUCUCAGGUCCACAUGCCCCCAGGGGCCCACACAUUUGGCAGAGCCCGAAGCGGGUAGGCCACAGUCAGGAUCGUUCUUCUGUUUUGGUGAGAAGAGCCAGGGUGGGGUGGGCUGGGGGUGGUCCAAGGCACAGGCCUGGCUGAGGGUGGGUCUGGCCUUGGAGCUGGUCCCCGAGUCUGGUGUGAGGACUCUCAGCAGUGACUGGCCGUCAGUAGCCUUUAAAUGCCAAAAAGAGGAAAAGAUCCUUCACGGCUUCCCUAUUCACUGGCUCCAGGACGCAGGCACGUGUGUCCCCUGCUGGGUGGUGGGUAGGAAACCAAAUCUGAAAGGUUCCCAAUGGAGCAGCCAGGAUCAUUAAGAACCUUUGUACCGGGAGCCCGGUCUCCAAAGCCCCAGACAAUAUGUGUUAAAUGAAAACACCACAGUCAGAGUGAAGGAUGAGAAGGAGCAAGCAGCUCCCUUCCUCUCAGUCUCCCGCCGUUUCUCUCACAAAUGGAGCCAGACCUGCAGGGACUCCACCAUCUUGCCCUGUGUGACAGACGAAGGCAGACUUUCUAAUGGCCCCUGGCCCACCCCACGUCACCGAUGCUCACCCCAGAGGACAUGGUCCCUAAUCCCGGCGGGAAACAGAAUGCGUGGUGCUUCCUACCCGGGAGCAGGGCCUCUCCCAGCUGCUCUGCAGGAGCAUCCCGGCUUCCAGGCGAGAAGGUUGAGUGGUUGGAGCACAGCCGCGGGCCCCUGAGGCUGUGGGGCUGACGAGGAGCGUGCAGCUUGGUGGUUGGAAGGGAAAGGUCGCCUGCCGGCGCUGGGGACCCGUCCAAGGAGCCGGCCAGCCACGCGCAAGAGCCGCUUCUCCAGGCCCAGCCCUGCUCUGCGGAGCUGAGAAGGCGCCUUACUCGCUGGGCCUCCUCGAGGUGUGUGGCUGUGUGUGUGCUCGGUCAUGUCCGACUCUUUGCCACCCCAUGGACUGUAUGUAGCCUCCAGGGUUCCUCUGUCCAUAGAAUUUCCCAGGCAAGAAGACUGGAGUGGGUGCAAUUUCCUCCUCCAGGGGAUCUUCCCCACGCAGGGAUGGAACCUGCGUCGCAUGAGUCUCCAUGCCAGGCAGAUUCUUUGCCACUGCACCACCUGGGAAUGUAGAACGUUUUCUCCAGUACAGCUCCUGCAAAACUUGGUGUGUUCAAGGUUAAUCAGAAUCUUGUAUUCUUUUGACUGGUUUUCUUUGUAAAAAUGAAGGAUUUUUAAAGCACUCUGUUUUGCUAGGACCGUGGGGAGGCCAGCCUUGUUCCUCUGUCCUCCCCCAGGCACUCCCGGUCCUGGUCUCUGAAGAAUGAUUUGCUGCUCUUCUCGGUGGGGCUGCGGGUUGGGGGAGGUGGGUCAGAGGUGGAGGGGCCUGCGGCUGCUGUGCUGGAGCCAUUGCCUCAUCUCACUGGGCUCUUUAAGAGUUCAGAAGUGGAUGGAAAACAGUAAUGUCACUGGAUGCUUUUUUAGAAAUAAAGACGAAAGCUGCUGAAUCUGAA